AUGAAAAUAUCAGCAGAAAAAACAAAAUCAGUAGUAAUCUCUAAAGAACCAAUAAGAUGCAAAUUAGAAAUUUAUGGCCAGAUGAUAGAACAAGUGAUGUCGGUUAAAUAUUUGGGAAUCAAGUUAACAUACAACAACGAUAUAGAAGAGGAAGUGAGAGAACAGACAAUGAAAGCCAACAGAAUAGCAGGUUGUUUGAAUGAUACGAUAUGGAGGAAUAAGCACAUAAGAACGGAAACAAAAUCUAGAAUAUACAAAUCUAUUGUUAGACCAGUUAUGACCUACACCGCCGAGACGAGACCACAAACAAGUAGAACUCAAAGAUACCUGGAAACAAGCGAGAUGAAAACACUGAGAAAGAUUGCAGGAAAAACAUUGUGGCACAGAGAAACAAAUGAAAGCAUAAGACGCAUAUGCGAGGUUGACAAUAUUAACACUUGUGUAAAGAACAGAAAACGGGAAUGGAACCAACACAUAAACAGGAUGACGGAACAGCGGAUAGUAAAGAUAGCCCGAGAUAAGUCGCCGGGAGGUCGAAGAAGUGUAGGACGCCCGCGAAAACGAUGGAACGACGACAGGCAGAAAUGCCUAUAUAUAGAGAAGAAGAAGAAGAAGGAGAUGAAACACAGGAUAAAUAAAAUUUGUCAUCCAGAAUUGGUGGAUGCGAACAUCAAGAAACUCUAUGUUAUUUUUCAAGAGAAUUCUUAUCCGAGACAGUUACUCAACAAAUUAUUGUAUGAGAGUACCACAACCUCCAUAGAAGAACAACCAAGAUCUCAGGAAAGUGAAAUUGACCCUACAACAAAAUAUGGCAGCCUUCCCAACUUAAAAAAUUUAACAAACAAAAUUAAAAACUGCCUUAAAGAAGAAAAUGUUAAAAUAGCUACGUACAAUACGAAGACCAUUAGGAAUCUCUACAGCAAUUUGAAGGACCCAACACCCACCUUACUUAAAUCGAAUGUAGUGUAUAAAGUUGACUGUUCUGAAUGUGACGGCACCCAUGUGGGACAAACAUCCCAGUGGCUCAAGAGUCGAUUAGCGCUACACAGAAGUGAUAUACGAACUAAGAACCCUCGUUGUGCACUGACUAUUCACUCAUUGGAGAAAGAACAUAAGAUUGAUUUCGAUAGUGCAGAAGUACUUUGCACACAACCAAAAUACAACAAAAGACUAAAACUAGAGAUGAUAAAUAUAAAUAAUCAAGCCAACCCAAUAAAUAAGAAGACUGACGUACAAAGGCUUAGCAAUGUAUACACGUAUUUAUUAACUUAUCCAAAUCGUGAAAGAGAAGAAUUCUAUGAUGGUCCACUAGAUUAA